AUGGCUCCCAUCCCAAUCACAAUCAUCACCGGCUUCCUCGGCUCCGGCAAGACGACGCUGAUCCUCAACCUCCUCCCGCAGCUCAAGGCCCAGAACCCGGACUACAAGCUCGCCCUGCUCAAGAACGAGUUCGGCGACCUGGCCGUCGACUCCCAGCUCGCGUCCUCCAACGCCAUCUCGGGCGUGCAGGAGCUGCUCAACGGCUGCAUCUGCUGCAACCUCGUCGGCCAGCUCAGCACCGCCCUCGAGGAGCUGCACGCCACCGUCCGCCCCGACCGCAUCGUCGUCGAGACCUCGGGCUCCGCCUUCCCCGCCACCCUCGCCCUCGAGGUCAACCGCCUCGCCCGCGAGACCGGCAACUACGUCCUCGACGGCGUCAUCAGCGUCAUCGACACCGAGAACUGGAAGGGCUAUGAGGACACGAGCUACACCGCGCGCAUCCAGGCAAAGUACACCGACCUCAUCGUCUUCAACAAGUGGGAGCUUUGCUCCGAGGACCGCUUCGACGAGGUCCUCGACCGCGUCGGCGACCUCGAGAUCGAGAUACCGUGGGUCAAGAGCCGCAAGGGCUGGGUCGGGGCCGACCUCGUCUUCGGCGUCGACGGCGGGCUGGCGCAGGGGCUGACGGAGGACGGCGCGACGGCCAAGGACCACGACCACGAGCACAACGGGGAGAAGCACUCGCACGACCACCAGACGGAGGUCGAGGUGCUGUCGGUGGAGCUGAAGGGGCCCAAGGGUGCGGCGGUCAACUCCGAGAAGCUGCAGGACCUGCUGCGCGCGGCGCCCAAGGAGGAGGUGUACCGCAUCAAGGCUGUGCUGACGGCGUCGUCCACGGUGAGGGGCUCCGACGAGGACGAUGCCGCUCCCACGCCGCCGCACCCGCAGGGGCGGUACAUCCUCAACUGGGCGUUUGGGAGGUGGACGUUUACGCCCAUUUCCGAGGGCGGGGCCGAGCACGCCUCGAGCGAGGGCGCAUUGCUGCGCAUGACGAUGAUCCUAGGACGCUACGAGAGCGCAAAGUGGAAGAAGAAGCUGGAGACGGGGUCUUUCUUGGAGGUUGAGGGAGGCGAGGGUGAGCUGGCUGUUACAAAGAUCUUAUGA